GGUAACGUCAGACCAGGCAAAACCAUCCUAUAAAAUAUAAAAGUGUAUUUUACAAUAAAUGUCAAGUCUGAGUUUGUAGUUGUUAGCUAGGCAUUCGUUCGUGAGCAUUUAGGCAAUCGCAAGUAGUUCGUUAAUUUCCGAAUUUUCAAGCGAAGCAAGAUCGUCACGAUCAGCCGAUUUCAGUUUGACGUUUGUUGUGGUGUGGGUGAAGUGUGAUUGUAGAAAUAUAUUUCGUACAUUUUCAUUCAAAUUAAAAUCAUUUCGAAUGCUUCUGAUUGGGGAAAACGGCCAGAUUAACAAGAUGAACACCUAUCCAGAAAACAUAACCAACUCACUGGAAAAUAGCAGAAAUUGCUUGCGGCGCAUAGCUCGUAACGAUGAUAAGGAAUUUUCUCAUCAAAGCAUAUUGAACGUGAUGGAGAAGUUCGUUAAAACGGUAAACACCAUGGACGAGACGAUUUUGGUGCCUUGCAGGUUGAUGGACUUGAAAGUGGGCGACGAGAACGACCCGUCCAGCGCCGAAACGCAGAAAAAAAAUCUGGGAAAAAAGGAAACAGUUCAGGAUUUGCUGAACGCGACCGAUUUGUUCCAGAUUUACAACAUGCUAAACAGCGUGAAAGAUGGUUUGUUGUGGGGCGGACAAGAGGCCGUCGCAGCUGCGCCAGCUGCGGCCAAAGGUCACGUGCGUCGUCCUUCGACGGUGUCGGUAGCUUCGACCAACUCGUCAGCUUCGACGAUAUCGGACACGGAGAGCGAAGCUGGCAGCAGCAACGAGAACGAUUCGGGGAUCGAGGAGGCGAGUCGAGAUUUCCCCGAUGGUCAGACGCAGAAGGUGGCAACUGACUUUCGCAGGCAUUUGGACGGUCUCACAAGAUCGCUUAAGCAAAUGACGGAGGCCGCUCAAUACCUGACCUGUCGUUAUCAGCACGACAUAGAUGGACCUGUAUAAUAUUGUGAUCAAAUUACUUUUAUAUACCUUCCGUUGAAUCUUUAAAAUGUUAAAUUAAUGACUGUUGCGAGUGGAUGUUGUGUGUGGAUGAGAGAAUGCUUAAGUUUUGCAAAGUGAUACUGUUCUAGGCUAUUAUUUUUUGCUCAUUUAUUAUUUUUUCUUUGUAAUUAUUCUAUUUAUUUUAGUGAGAGAAUUGUAAUUAUCUAUAAAUAAAU